AUGGGCGGCAUACCCAACCGACGCGCGGCGGCGCAGCGCCGCUCACUACUGAAAAGUCUGCAGCUGACCUCUUUCACCAACCAGUCUGCUGAAGAGCAGGAGAGGUGCGUUCGACAGCUCUAUGACACGGAUAUAAGUACACUGGAGGAGUGUCUGCUGCAAGUCACGCACGUCUGUAUCACGCACUCGAACCCAAACGCGCAGGAGCUGCUACAUAACUUUAUGCUCUGGCUUGCCGGCCGUUCGCUGAACAUUGCGCUUCGCCUUGCGUGGACUGUGGAUGCCGUAUCAACUUUCUAUAGUUCUACUGGGUUUGCGGGGCGACUCAAACACAUUCACGACAAGCUCGAGAGCUACGCCAUCAAUCAAGGGCAACCAGCCAUUCCUUCCGACGGCACCAGCGGUGGCGAUGGCAGUCUGACCUCCAGCGACCCCGAGGAGGGCCUCGGCGACGUGGAUGCCAGUGUCGUGCAACGGAAGGAGGUGCGCCUUAAGCUGUACAACGACGAGCGGACUUUUGUGACGACCUUGACGAACCUGAGCAAUACGCUCCGCCUUUUUCCAGAUCGCAACUCCCGUAAAGAAGAGCUGCGUAACAGUCUGCAAGUACUGAAUCAACGGCUAGAGUCCAUGCGUCUCGUCCACCCGCUCUGCACCAGCAGCGAAUCUGUACAGUGGAUUGUGAACAUCUCCGUUGAAGAGUGCACCGUUUUCUCGUCACGCGAGCGGGCGCCUUACCUGAUUCGCUACGAGGUCAUCGUAGACGACACAGCGACUAUGCAAGACCCGACCGUGACGCGGCUUCGUCAGCCUGACGGACGCUUCCGCGUCCAUGCAGACUCCGACGAGAUCUUCGUUCCGGCACCCCCACCGGAGUCUGAGCCACGGGCCGCAUCGCUGGUAGAGGCGGGCGGGAGCGGCACCGUGGAGGACGCCUCGCCCGAGGCACUGCAGUGCUUGCAGGCCGUGUUAGGCGAGAGCAAGAAGACACGCAUGGCGCGUGUGCGCAAGUCGUCUCCUUGGGGUGCGCACCCAAACUGGUCUAUGAACGCGAUGAUCGUAAAAGCCGGCGACGAUCUCCGGCAGGAGGAGCUGGCACUGCAGCUCAUCCACACUUUCCAAUGCAUCUGGCAGGAGGCAGGUCUGACGGUGCGUGUGAAGCCGUACGCAGCAUUCGCUACGCACCGCGACUGCGGCCUGCUCGAGAUGAUCGAGGACUCUGCGUCUAUGGAUAGCAUCAAGAAGGCGGCCCGGGUCAGCAGCAUCUACAACUACUACCUCAAGGCCUACGACGGCGAGGACUCCGUUCUCUAUCGCAAGGCGCAACAGAACUUUGUGGAGAGCAUGGCCGGCUACAGCAUCAUCUCGUACAUCCUCCAAAUCAAGGACCGGCACAACGGCAAUCUCAUGAUUCAGCGCGAUGGCAGCUUGAUUCACAUCGACUUCGGCUUUCUGUUCGUGACGUCACCGGGUGGACUGAACUUUGAAUCCGCGCCGUUCAAGUUGUCGCAGGAGCUCAUCGACGUCAUGGGUGGCGCCUCGAGCGACGCCUUCAACUACUUUCUCAUUCUUGUCUACGAGGCGCUCGCGGCGGCGCGCGAGCGCUGCGAGGAAAUUCUCGCGCUGGUCUCCGUCUUGACGCCACACAACGCAAUGCCCUGCUUUGGGGCGGACCCGGGCGCCGUCGUUCGUCAGCUGCGCGGACGGUUUCGGGCCGACCUGCUCUCGGAGGCAGACUACGCCGUUUACGUGAAGGAGCUCAUUGUGAACAGUGCCGACAACUGGCGCACUCGACGCUACGACCAGUUCCAGAGCCUCCAGAACGGGAUUCUCUAG